AUGUCAAAAGUUUCAGUUUGUAUUUGUAACGCUUAGUUUUUAUCAACUUUUUUGACUUUUUAUGGGAUUUUUGUUAUUAGUGUUUAGCUGUUGUAUGAAAUGUGCUAUUAAAACAACGCUUGCAAUGAACCAAUCGUACUCGGACAGCGACGUGUCGCUGUCCCCCACACAAAUACUGGAGCGAUUACAUUUGCUGCGCCAGCUACAGUUGUUGCAACAAGACAAACUUCUUAAACAACGCCAAUUGUAUCAAGAGUCGCCGCGGAACUCCAGCAUUACGGAAAUCGUCAGUCAGUUUAGUGCAAGUACGAGCUUUAACACAUUCCGGAGCUUGCUUGGAAAUUCCGAGUCUUCAACUGACGCCACACCGCGGCUCCAUUCGAGUAAAUCGCAAUUCAAUCAACAGGAUUUAGUAGAAGGUGUGGCUGUCCUCAACCUAUCCCAAGAGUCGGAAUUUAUUAUUACUUCUCCAGUCUCUAGCAGAAGCAAAGCUUCCAAUGCAUCUCAAGCACGAACUGAGUCAGGUACAAGUGAAGGGGCACAGUCUAUAGCUGCUAAGAAACAAAUAUCUCUCGAUGAUAUGCCAGUGUUGACUCCUAAGAAAGACUUUGAAGCCCUAAUCAUUGAAAAACUUAAAAAUGAAUUGGAUGCACCUAAGCCCAAAAUCUUACAAAAGGAAGAUUUGCCAAGUAAAAGUAAGAAACCAUUUCUCAAGAAAGGGGAAGGUAUGUCCCGAUUUGGGCUGCAGAAAAACAAACUUGUCAUACAAAGUACAUAUGCUUUGCCUUGGAAAAAAGCUUCUGUUAAAAAAGCACCUGUGAGAGCUAAAAAUCCUAAAAUAUCUGAAAAUUCUAAACGAAAAAGUGUUGAUGUUCAAAUUGUUGUUUCUAAGCCAACACCUGAAUCUAAAAGGAAACCUGCUGUUGAUGACAAAGUGGUUAAGCCUGAAGAAGUAUGUAACAAACAACCCAAUAUUAAAUUCACACAAGAUUCAAAGCAAGGGAACAGUAAACAAUCAACUACUACAGUUGAUUCUAGCAAUUGUGAACUGCAUGGUCCAAAACCUCUUUCACCACCAAAAGAAAGAGAAAUAAAAAUACAACUACCUAAAGGAAAACAUCCGUUACUGGCAAAUAAGGGUAAAACCUGGGCGGCAGUACUGACAAAAGAACAGGAUGAUUUCCUUCGGCAACUCAAACAAAGUGACUAUUAUAAGAAUUUUACUUCUCCUGCCAAAAGCAUUCUCUCUGAUAUCAGCUGUGAUGAAACACUUAUGAAACUAAGACAGGAGAGGGAGACGGCAGAGCAAAAUAUGUUUGAAUUGCUUGAAAACAAAGUAGAUCAUGAGAGCUUUAACUUGAACAAUUCAUUUAUCAAUAGAUUUUUACAAGGUAGUAGUUUAGAAUGUUCAGGAGAAAGUACCCCUGUGAUAAUGCAGAAAUGUUUAGCAAGCAAUCCUAAACUGAUGACCUUAUGCCCUGAUGUACACCAGACUAGAAAUGUAAAUUCUCAGCAUGAUGUUUACUGUAACAGUGAAUACACAGAGUGUUGCAGUGAAGCAUGCUCUUCUGCAUGUAGCUGUUCUUGUAAUAACACUAUAGAAGAAUCCAGCAACUUCAACAACCACCAAGAUAUCUCUAAAAGCAAUAAAAAACAGGUUGUCCAGCAUAAUAAAACAAACAAAACAACAAAAGAGGCUGACAAACAACCAGAAGUUCAACAAUGUCAUAAUGACAAAGAAAUUGACAACAUGAAAGAAAACAUGGCAGAAAUGAAUGCUAAAUUAGUUGCUACUAGUGAACUGCUAAAAGAUAGGCUCCGAGAAUUAGAAGAUGAAAUUGAAACAUUCAGAAAAGAAAAUGCAAACUUAACUAAAAUGAGAGAAGAGAUUGAUAUGGAGAAGCAGAAGUUUUAUGAAGAAAAAUCUACCUUUGAGCAAAAGUUCAAUGAGGAGAAAAUUCUAUCAGAAUAUUAUUUAGCUGAGGAAAAAGAGAAAUUGACAAAGCAAAAGCAAAUCUAUGAUAGACAAGUGAGAGAAAUGAGAGGUCGUCUCAAUAAAAAAGAUAAAGAUGAAGUUGCUAACCUGAAGAAAGAAAUAAAUGACCUAAAGGAAGAAAUGAGAAUGAAAGAUGCUAAAUACACCACUGUGGCCGCAAGGCUUCGCAAUCAAUUGAAAAUUAUAGAAAAAGAGAAAAAAGAUUUGCAGGAAGAAGUAGAAAAGUUGAAAAAGGAGAAUCGCAGGAUCCAACACAGCAAUGACAUUACCAGGCGAAUGACUAAUAUCAAGUAUUUGGAAGAAAUAAACAGAAAAUUGUCCAAGGCAAAGAGUGCUCAGAGUCAAGUAGUGCCUGAUGAUGAUAUGAAGUAUAAAACAUUAGAAAUAGAGAGGCAAAGUAGGAGCAGGGUGCAGCCUGCAGCAAAGAACCCACUUAGAGCAAGAGCUAAGAGUGUGCCCAAUCUUAAUGUUACAUCUCGAUAUGCAAAGUAUUUUAGCCAGAGGGAUGUAAUGAGUCCAACGGAAAGAAAUCAAACUUUAAAUAUAGACAGAUAUACCUCUGAUGAUAUUGAUGAUGGGCGCUAUGAACAUGAAAGUGAAAGUUUAGCAGAUACAGAAUCUGUUAGCGGGAGAGAUGCAACAGACAAUGAAGAUGAAAAUAGUUUAGAGAAAAUAUACAUGGAGAGAUUUCAAGAACAUUCAAAACAUGACCCUGCAUUUGACAAAGCUAGAACAAGCUAUUCAAGUUCCAAUCACAGUUUCGAAAAAAGUAAUCGCAGCCAAAAAACAGAUGACUUUUUCAUUCAUAGAUCUAAUUCAGCUUCAAUGAGAGAUUCCAAGUCUCCAAAGCAGAUAUCACCUCGCGAUCAACCAAGCGGAUCCAAUUCUAAUAGAUCCAAGUCCCCAGUGUCUAUAUUAAGUCAUAAAUCAACUCGCAAAUCGCCAGUUACCGUAAUAAACCAUGAACCAGAUUAUUUACUCAGUUCGAGCAGAUCUAAUCACUCUCACGGCAGAUCUACGUCACCUAUAUCUACUGUAAGCAACCACACAUAUAGUUGUAGCAGCCAAAGAAUACCCACUGUCGUAAACCGAGAAUAUUUAGACAACAGAUCACUUGAACCACCUCCAAGCAAAAGUAGUAUUACAAAAACAGAACUUACCCCUACUGAAAUGAGGAAGUCAGACGGUUCCAAAGAACUCAGAUUCCCAAAUGGAAAUGUGAAGUAUUUGUCGGCAGAUGGCAAAUACAGCAAGUUUGUGUACUACAAUGGGGAUGUGAAGGAAAACUUCUACAAUGAAGGAAGGAUAAAGUAUUAUUAUGCUGAAACGAAGACUUUUCACACAACUCAUCCUGACGGGUUGGAAGUUUUGGAGUUCCCUGAUGGCCAAGUAGAGAAGCGUUACAAAGACGGCUCAUCCGAGAUCCGUCUGCCGAACGGCACCGUCCGGUACUUCGACCCCAAGAACCCCCACGUCCGCGAGGAGUGGCGCUUUCCUGACGGCGCCACGCUCACCGCCUCGGCGUCGGGCGAGCGCCGCGUCGUCUUCCCCAACGGACAGGUGGAGGUGCACACUAAGGACCAUAAGCGCCGCGAGUUCCCCGACGGCACGGUCAAGUUGGUAUACAACGACGGCACAGCAGAGACGCGCUACGCAUCGGGCAGGGUUCGCAUCAAGGACAAACACGGGAACCUCAUCAUGGACUCUGUGCCGAGCUGAUUGGGAAUUUAGGUAGGCCUAAUAAAGUGCAAGAUAGCGCGUCAUGAACAAAACAACCGGAUCGUGGACUGUGCAGCUGAUCAGGAAUUUUAGUACACGGAAUAAGGUGCAAUUUGUAUCAAGAACAAACACGGCAACCUUAUCAUGGAAUCUGUGCCGAGCUGAUUAGGACUUUCUAUAAACGAAAUAAGGUGAAAUUUGGCACCAGCGUCGAGGCUUGACCGCGGCAGUCUAAUUAUGGACUCUAUGCCGAGCCGAUUAGGGCUUUCUCUGAACGCAUCAAGGGUGAACAUGGUAUCCUCACCACACCAUUACCCGUUGACUAAGUGCUAGGCUGAUUUCCACCUUCGGUAGGUUUGUUGGUGACAUGAAGUGAUAAGUUUACAUUUACAAUAUUCGUCAAACUCAAUAGGCCAAAGUGCAAUUUGCCGGUAAUUAACUUGUCUAAAAUACAGUUCAAUUAAUUUGAAAUAGAUUAGUCUCAUUUCCUUUAUAUGUUAUUUAGGUUAUGACACUGAAUUACGGUGGAAUGAGAGCUGAUGCAAUAACGUAUUACAAUUACCAGAUAAUUUAGAAUAGAGGCGUAUGUAAUAUUGUCAAAGUAAAUUUUGUAGUCACAGUAAAUUUACUGCCAUCUUUCGACACAGGAAUAAAACUUUUAGAACGCCAUUUGACUUUGAUCCUUGUUCAUUCGCUGUCGCCGUCUACACGAGAUAUAGGCCAAAGGUAUGGCGCCAUCUUUUCGAGCCAUCGCUCAAUACCCAUACCUUUGGAUUAUACUAAAUUUACUUUGACAAUACGCCCCUAUUCUAAAUUCUCUUUGCAAUUGCUAAAGCUUGAUCAGGGGGAUACCAAAAACAAUUUUGCACGAAAAUGUUACUAGCAUUCAAUAGAUGGGUGAUUCUACAAUUUCCUGUUGUUUUUCUGUCCCGUCAGCCAGUGUAUCGGUACAACAGUAGUAUAAUUAUGUAUAAUUUGUUACAAGAAACAUGCAUAGUUGAUGACUUAAUAUGGAAAGAGCUUAUAACUACCACAAAAAUGUUUCGUUGACUUAUUUAAAUACCAUAAAACCAGGAUUUCAAUAGUGACCCAAGGCAACAAGGGCACGUAACCAUGGCAACGAGUCACAAGAAAAAGUUAAUUCACCCCUAUGCAUUAUUAUAAUGACCGAUAAUUUGAAUUUGUACAAUAUUUGAUAAUUAGAUUAAAAUUCAUUUGUGUAGAAUGCUGACGUGUUGACUAUUUGCUUGACUUAAAUCAAUCUUCAAUUAAAUAAAAAUGUUAUUCCUUGCCAGAUAUAAUGUGCCAAUGUAUAUGUUUUGCAAAUUUUAAUAUAUAUAAUCUUUUAUACCUAAGCCAAGAUGAUUAAUUAAAAAAAGCUUGUUUA